ACCGAAGAAAUGUCCUUCAUAUUGCCUCAUGAUAGCCUUUCGCGACGUCUGACUCUUGUAUUCCUGUGCGUCAUAAUCAGCCACAAGAGUUGAAACGUGCUACUUUGGCACGGGACCGCUCGCUCGCAACCAACGUUGGUCAUGGGCCAACGUGGCAGCUCCAGCGUGCAAUAGGCGCUCGGGGUCGGACGGUAUUUUAGGGUGUUCCUCCAAAUUCGUUCACAUCAGGACCUCUGACGCCAUAAGAGGACCCAUUUGCUUAUCUUAUCAUUGUGGGGGUACUCCUGUCUUCCUCCCUCACUCUAACUACAACCAACACCACCACCAACAACAACCGCGUUUCCUAAACGAAUCUUCACUGCUUCGUUAUGUCAGUCGUCUCUGUCUCCAACGCCGUUUCUGACUCUGUCGUCAAGUCUGCUGGUGCAGAUAAGGGCGCCAGCGCACUGCUCUCCCCAUCUUUCCCCUCCUUGCGAACCAUCAAGGACCAACGGGCGUACGAGCACAACCGUCAGCGUGUAAAGAAGGCUGCGGACGUCUUCAAGAUGAGGCAGAAGAAGAAGUCGGGUCCACCUCCUCCCAAGCUCGACAGGGGUACCGCGUCGGAGAAGGACAGGAGACUCAGAGCGGACGACGUCGACCCGCUGGACGGCAUCCUCGUCGAGAGCGCGCGUCGGGAUGAUACCCCGCCUUUGCCCAGAUCAUCCGAGGUGAAACUGUCUGAUCUCAUCGUUCGGAAGCAAGAUACGAAGAAGGACUCGGAUUUCGAAGUCAUUCCUCAUGUCCGUUCCGUUAUCGUCCUUGAUGACUUUACUCCCGACCUUGCCGCUGAUGAGCCUUGGGAGUAUAUCUAUGGCGAGAGCGAUGAUGAAGGCGAAGUGGCACACAAACCUUCCUAUGCACAGGUUCUCCUUUCCAAUUAGAUAUCAUAUAGCGAUAACCUCACCGUCACUACCCACAUUAAUUAUAUCUAUUAGCCAGGACUAGAUUCUAUUCUACUUUGCGCAGGCUGUCGUUUAUGCCAUUUGGACCCUUGCGUUGUAUGUAGGAUUAUAU